CAAGAAAAGCUGCAGGGUUUUAGGGUUUAUCCAACUGAGGCAAAAAUGCGACCGCUAGAUGAGCAAGAAACAACACAGGUGUUCGAAAAGCUACACAAAUUCGUCGGAAACAAUCUGAAGAACAUAGUCGAGAACCCAUCUCACGAAGGUACCGACAACACUCCCGGCCGUUACUGCUUUCGUCUCCAGAGAAACAGAGUUUACUACGUAUCAGAAUCUCUGGUCAAGCGAGCAACAAACGUAAAGCGAGAUAACUUGGUUUCGCUGGGAACCCAGUUAGGGAAAUUCACGAAAGGAGGUAAAUUUCAUCUCACGGUUCAAUGCUUGGGUCUCUUAGCUGCACACGCGAAACAUAAAGUGUGGCUGAAACCCACAUCUGAGAUGAGUUUUCUGUAUGGAAAUAAUGUAUUGAAAGGUGGAGUUGGAAGGAUUACAGAGAGUAUUAGUGAGCAUGAUGGUGUGGUUGUGUUUUCGAUGUCGGAUGUGCCAUUGGGAUUUGGGGUUGCAGCGAAGAGUACUCAGGAUUGCCGGAAAAUGGAUCCGAAUGGAAUUGUAGUGCUUCAUCAAGCUGAUAUUGGAGAGUAUUUGAGGAUGGAAGAUGAUCUUUAAUUAUUGGGAGAGAAAAAAGGUAAUUGAAAUUUUGAGUGAUUGCUUCUGUGUUUUUGGAAUUUAGGAUUUUCUGGGAUUAUAAAUUUGUGUGAUGUAAUUGUGUUUAACUCUACAUUCUACAUACUGUUAUACAAUUACAAUUAGUGUUAUCAUAAUUAAGUUGUUACCUUA